GACGCAGUAGUGCAUAUAUUAAUUCGGUAUAUAUAUUAGAUAUAGGAGAGGAUUGCUUCUUCUCCGGCCCUCCUGUCCAUUUCCGAUUUCUUCCUCUUGCAGUUACGGUGUCAGUUCCUUCCGCCGGCCGGUGGUUGGCCCGGAUCAACUGACACACACACUCCUCCUCCUUCUACCUCUUGACCUCCCGCCAACCAUCGCGCACGCAACGCAACGCUACCCACCAUAAAAACUCCGCUGCUCGAGCUACACAAGACACCACGGCCGCAUUGCUCAUUGCUGCCUUUGCCCGACCUCUGUUACCACGUAGGAAGAGACUCGCGUCGCGUCAUGGUGAGGAGAGGAGGGCUGGCGGCGGCGGCCGGGUACUAUGGCGCCGCGUCGUCGUGGAAGGCCGGGAGGGUGAUGAGGGCGGCCGUGGCGGCGUUUUUCAACGGAUACCACUGCUUCAGCCCCGUCGCGGCGAUGCUCGCGCUGCCGUUCUCGGCGGCCGUGCUCGCGUCCCAGGCCGUGGCGACGUCGCCGUCGUCGCCGUCGGGGGCGGUGCUGCGCGGCGUGUCGUCGCGGCUGCGCGGGAUGUUCCACGCCGCGGGGUUCCCGCCGUCCUCCUUCUUCGCGCUGCUCAACGGCAAGCUGUCGCAGACCGUGUUCACGUACGCGGCCACGCUUCCGGCGGCGCUCACCUUCCUGCUGCUCGCCAAGGCCUGCGUCGCCGGCGUGCUCCGCGCGGACGACCCGGCUGCGCGCGAGCAAAGGCGGCGGCGGGGGCGCGUGUCGCUCCCGCCCUGGGGCGCCGUGGCGCGCGCGUACCCGGCGCUCGUGGCCACGCACCUCGUCGGCUCCUUCGCCAUGCUCUCCGCCAACGCCGCCGCCUUCUCGCUGCUCUUCCUGGCCUUCGGCGCCGCCGACCUGCUGGGCUGCACCUCCCGCGCGUCCACGCUCGCGCUCUCCGCCGCGGGCGCCAUCGCCUACUCCGUGGCCGUCGGCGUCGCCACCGUCGUCUGCAACCUCGCCGUCGUGGUGGCCGCCAUGGAGGAGCGCUGCGCCGGGCAGGCCGCGGUGCUCAGGGCGUGCGUCCUCAUCAGGGGCCGCGUGCCCACCGCGCUGGCGCUCGCGCUGCCCACCAACCUCGGCAUGGCGGCGGCGGAGGCGCUGUUCCAGCUCCGGGUCGUGUCGCAGCGCAGGAAGGCCGGGAGGCUGGCGCCGGGCGUCGCCGGCGAGGCCUUCUCGAUCGCCUACAUCCACGCGCUCUGCGUGGUGCUGGAGAUCAUCGUCAGCUGCAUGUUCUACAGGAGCUGCAGGAGGAGUGAGGCCGAUGAGCUGAGAGAGCUGGAGCCCGAGGAGAAGGGCGACCUCCAGGCAUAGACAAUAGUUUGUGAUUCUCAGAAACUCUUGGAAGGGUCUGAUUCAGAUCAGACGGUCCAGAGAAACAUACUUCUACACUACACUACAGUAGUAAACUGGGAUAGCUCUAUUUCCCUAUUUUUUCUUUUUCUGAUGAAUAGUUUUAUUCGUUUUUUUUUC